AAUUGACAGCUGCCGAUAUGUUGUCUGUGGGUGGCUGUCGCAGUAAAAAAAUUAAAGCGGUGCAUGUGCAGUGCUUGCGUAUUUAUUUCUGUAGAAAAGUAUUAAAAACUCGGUUAUAUAUUUCACAGAUUUGUUAAAAAUGUGCAAGAUAAUAUAGUUAAAGGCUAAUACAAGUAUAAUGAACAUUUUCUUUUGUGUAACUAGUUGUUGAUUUCAGUGAUAUAGCAAAAAUGACGGAAAUGUCGUCGAAGAGUGAGCUGAAGAAGCUCUCUGAGGAGAGUCUGACUCGGCAGCCGGAGGAGGUGUUUGACAUCAUAUGCAAACUCGGAGAGGGCUCCUAUGGCAGUGUUUACAAGGCGUUACACAAAGAGAGCGGGCAGGUGCUCGCGAUCAAGCAGGUCCCAGUCGACACAGACCUGCAGGAGAUCAUCAAGGAGAUCUCAAUCAUGCAGCAGUGUGACAGCCCCUACGUGGUCAAGUACUACGGCAGUUACUUCAAGAACACAGACCUAUGGAUCGUAAUGGAAUACUGCGGCGCCGGCUCUGUCUCCGACAUCAUGAGGCUGCGCAAGAAGACCUUAUCAGAAGACGAAAUAGCCACCAUCUUGUGUGACACCCUCAAGGGUCUGGAGUACCUGCACAGAAGACGGAAGAUUCACAGAGACAUCAAGGCUGGGAACAUACUGCUGAACACUGAGGGCCAUGCCAAGCUAGCAGACUUCGGGGUCGCCGGUCAGUUGACGGACACAAUGGCAAAGCGCAACACAGUAAUAGGAACUCCAUUUUGGAUGGCUCCCGAAGUGAUACAGGAGAUCGGUUACGAUUGCGUGGCAGAUAUCUGGUCGCUGGGUAUCACGGCACUGGAGAUGGCAGAAGGGAAGCCACCAUACGGAGACAUACACCCCAUGAGAGCCAUAUUUAUGAUACCUACGAAACCACCUCCGUCGUUUAGAGAGCCUGAUCAAUGGUCCCCAGAGUUCAUAGACUUUGUAAGUCAGUGUCUUGUGAAGAAUCCAGAGGAGCGAGCGACCGCCGAAUACUUAUUGACACAUGAGUUUAUAGGUAACGCCAAACACCCCAGUAUCCUGAGCACGAUGAUAGCAGAGGCGCGCGAGAUCAGAGAGAGUCAAGUGUUCCGGAAUGCUCAGCAUCAAACCAAUAAUGCUAAGACAUUCGCUGCGGGUGAGGGUUACGAAGAGGCGACGAUGAAGCAGCGUAGCGACGGCACGCUGGUCCCGACCAGAGACGCCACCACGGACCUGGCGGCAGACCUCGGCACCAUGGUCAUCAACGAGCCUGAUGCGGAUCUAGCUACCAUGAAACGUCACGAUACAGACCCAAUGGACACGAACCGUCCGAAGUACCGGCCGUUGUUCCUGGAGCACUUCGAGAAGAAAGAGGUCAACCACCUCAACAUGGCGGCCACUACCAACGGAACACUCACUCCUGCGCACCGAAUAGUGCCUGAUGAAGACAGCGUGACAGCAGAAACAGAAUCAGAAGCGAAUCCCGCACUAGCGUUCCAGCGCGCGUUCGUAGAGGAGGGCAAUUUCGAAUUCGUAAGUCAGCUGCACGUCCUCACCGUACUCCCGCUACAAACACGUGGAAAAUCAAAACAGUGACCCAAAUGUAAGAGGCCCGAUACAAUUUGUUUAGUUUGCAUGACACAACGACUACAGUUUGAAAUCUCGGCUACCUAUCAGUGACGGAGUUGGAAGAUCGAGUGGCGCGAUUGGACGCGGAAAUGGAGGCCGACAUUGAGCGUCUGCGCGCGCGCUACCACCGCAAGCGACAGCCCAUACUCGACGCUAUACAUCUCAAGCGUAAGCGACAACAGAACUUCUAAGGAUUGAAGGUGCCAAACUACGGUCCGGACUCCAUCGAGGAGGAGCGGAGAUGUGUACUCAGUGAACUCUAUUUAGAGGGCUGAGUUGUAUGGAUGAACGAAAUGGAGAAUGUUAACAGAUACAAAUAAGUACAUGAACUUCAUAGAAAUUAAUUUGCUUACUUUUGUUGUACAAUCGAAUUAUAUUCGUCCAGUUUUGAUGACUUGCAUUUUUAACUGCAUUCUUUGUAUUGUGACGUCAUAAUUGAAUUUUCUAUAUACCUACAUAUUCAUAUUUUGACAUUGCCAUUAAUAGUAGGUAUUAAAAUUAUAAUAAUUACGUUUCAUAAUUAUUUGAAAUACACAAUAGUUAGUUUUUAAAAUACCUUUUUAGCAACAUGCUCCAUUUUAUUAGUUAUUUAAAAAAACAUCUCCGCUCAACUCGUCACGUCUUAGUUGGAGUCCCGACUUUCAACAUGUUCCUAAAUUAUUACCCUCGAUGCAUUUACAAUACUAAAUUCGGCCUAUAUUUUUGAAAUUUAUUCUCAAUUUAAUAACUUGGCCAAAUACAGUGCCAUUCGUGUGGAAUAUUCGUUGUGUGCUUUGAUUAACGUUUGGUGCGAAAUUUAAGCCAACAACUUUAGGCUGACAAAAUACUUCUUUAAAUAACAAUUACGUCAUAAGGAAAUUUAACAUUUCAAUAAAGUAAAAAUAUCACUUUGACACUUUUUUAUGUAUUUCUAUGAGUACUAAAAAGCUGUAAAGUACCUUGUAUGGUAUUAAAAUUUAUAAAUUUGAUAUUGGAUCGUAUUUUCUACAUAUGUGCUACAAUAUAGAGUGCUUUUAUGCGUCAUUUGGAAUAUUAAGGAAGAUUAUUGAACAGUAAUAUAUGAUACUUACUUAGGUU